ACCACCACCUUCCUAGUUCCUCCCCGCUUAUCUUUUUCACUUGGCGGAGUAGCAUACACUUAUGAUUCUUUUCCUCGGACUUCCUCUGUCACAUUUUGCACUUCCAAAUCCUCAGUCCCCAUCUCCAUGAUGGCUCUCUUUCUCACGUGAUCUCCCUUUCUCCGUCACAUUCACACCAUUCUCAUCUCUCGGCUGUAACGUUUACCAUUCACUCUUGCUGCAAUGUGCUAUUUUGUCAGACCCACUUCUUGAAAAACUCCGACUUUUUUUUAUUCAGAUCCGCAUUUGUCUUGGUUUGGCUGCAAUUGAACCUGUUUUUCAAGAAAUCCCAGUUCAAUUUUCGCUGUCCAGAAGGUAUUCUUGAAAAGAUCUUAAUGGGGUUGGUCCAAAAUUAGUUCCUUUUUGGGAAUUUUAAUAAGUAAAUUUGGGCGAAAGAUGGAAACUUCAAGUGGUCUGAGUCCUAGGCUUAAUUCAAUUGCAUUGAACAAAGAAAAAGAUGAGGACCCAGAUCUUCAUAACUUUGAAUUGGAGACUGCUGGUCAUGGUUCCGGAUCAGAUCACCAUCAUUUUCGUUCUUCCAAUGCACUGGAAAUUUUGAGGGAAACUGUAAGAAUUCUUCGAUAUAAUUCGACUGGUUUUGUUGCAAUUCUGGCGCUUUUAAUUUGCCCCGUUUCAGCUGUAGUUUUGUCUAAUGUAUUGGUUGAUCAAUCCAUUGUGAAACAACUUACUAUAAGGCUGUUACUGGUUGCAAAAUCUAGUGGACUUCCAUUAAGCCCAUUUAUCAGACAGUCUUGUCAAAAGUUUGCAGAAAUGGCAGUUUCGGCUACAAUGUGCUUCCCUUUAUAUAUUACAUUGUCACUGCUGUCUAAGGCUGCUGUUGUUUACUCUGUGGAUUGUACUUAUUCAAGGAAAAGGUUUGAUUCAUCCAAGUUUUAUGUGAUUGUGAGGAAGAUUUGGAGGCGAAUUGUUGUGACUUAUUUUUGGGUUUGUGUGGUGAUUGUUAGUUGUAUCACAUUGUUCUGUGUACUCCUUGUUGCUGUGAGCAGCACAUUUUCCGUGAUGGGGUUCCCGUCAGAUUUGAUUUUGUAUCCUGCUAUGGUGCUUGGACUAAUUUUCUCAAUCAUUCUGGCGAAUUCGACAAUCAUUUGCAACAUUGCUAUAGUAAUCUCGGUGUUGGAGGAUGUUUCAGGGCCACAGGCGUUGCUCAGGUCGAGUUCUCUGGUUAAGGGGCAGACUCAAGUUGGUCUUUUGAUAUUUCUUGGAUCGACUAUUGGGAUGGCAAUGGUGGAGGGGUUGUUUGAGCAUAGGGUGAAGACAUUAAGUUAUGGCGAUGGCUCAUCAAGGAUAUGGGAAGGACCCCUUUUGGUAAUCAUGUAUUCAUUUGUGGUACUUAUAGAUUCUAUGAUGAGUGCAGUUUUCUACUUCAGCUGUAAAUCAUAUAGCACAGAAGCCGCGGCAGUGGGAAGUGAACCAGUUUUAGAAGCCUUGACAAUUUCCUUGGAAUCAACCGGCGUUCAAUGACAUCUCUUUGCAAAGUUUUAUAGUCUUAAAAACUAGUGGAAUUUGCCGUAGCAGACAUAGAAACUUGCACAGUCGUCUCUAUUCUUGGGACUUUGUCACCAUGAGAAAAAGUAUACAUGUCUGCUAGAAAUGACUAUACAUGGAAGGAUCAAAAGUCUAUAUGACUAAAUUUUUCUUUUACAUAAUCAUAGCGCUUACAGUUAUCUGUGAUAAUGGAAGGUUAAAGAAAGAUUUGGAGAGCUUGGCAAUAGAAAAAUUUUAUUAUGAGUUGUACCUUAGGGUGCAAAUUUUGAACAUUAUA